AUGAGCCAGCUGGGGCAAUUCGACCUACAGAUGAUGCUAAUCUACCACCAGCUUAUCCAUACCAUCCUCGAUUUCCCAUUCCCGACCAUCGCAUUACUCACCGGCCACACAUUCGGCGGUGCCUGUCCUCUUGCAUUGGCACACGAUUAUCGUAUCAUGAACUCACGCCGAGGUUUCAUUUCCAUGCCCCCUGUGAACCUGGGUUUGCAUUUUGAUGGAAUUGGCUCCUUGCCGAGGCUCAAGUUGCGUCCUCAAAUCGCACGCAAAAUGCUUCUCGAGGCACACAAGUGGACCGGGAAGGAGGCGUUAGAAGAUGGAAUUGUUGACGCUAUUGCUGAACCGGAGAAAAUGCUCGAUGCUGCACUUGAGCUUGGGAAUAAGGUAGCACCAAAGGCUAAAAUGGGGUGA